AUGUUGGAAGCACGACUCGACCAGGCCCAGAUCCUGAAAAAGGUGGUGGACUCGAUCAAGGACCUGGUCCAGGACUGCAACUUCGACUGCAAUGACACUGGCAUCGCCCUCCAGGCCAUGGACAACUCGCACGUUGCCCUCGUCUCCAUGAUGCUCAAGGCCGAGGCCUUCUCUCCCUACCGCUGCGAUCGCAACAUCUCGCUGGGUGUCAACCUCACCUCGCUGACCAAGGUGCUGCGCGCUGCCCAGAACGAGGACCAGUUGACCCUCAAGGCUGAGGAUGGGCCCGACGUGCUCAACCUGGCCUUUGAGAACGCAGAGAACGACCGCAUCAGCGAGUACGAUCUCAAGCUCAUGGACAUUGACCAGGAGCACCUGGGUAUCCCCGACACCGAGUAUGCCGCUACUAUCGCGAUGCCCUCGGGCGAGUUUCGACGCAUCUGCACGGAUCUGAUGGCCAUGUCAGAAUCAGUCGUCAUCGAGGCUUCCAAGGACGGUGUCAAGUUUGCAUGCAGUGGUGACAUUGGUAACGGCUCUGUCAUGUUGCGCACCCACACCGACCUCGACAAGCCUGAUAACAACGUCGCCAUUGAGCUGACGGAGCCCGUCUCUCUCACUUUCUCCCUCAAGUACCUUGUCAACUUCUGCAAAGCAGUCGGUCUUUCGAACCAGGUCAAGAUCUGCCUCUCCAACGAAGUGCCACUCUUGGUUGAGUAUCAGAUUGCAGGCAGCAGCCACCUGCGCUUCUACCUCGCCCCCAAGGCAAGUCAUCCCAUACUCAGCACUAUUGUUCUUCGCUUACUAACAUGGGUCCGUAAAACAGAUUGGUGA